AGUCGAAAACAGUAAUGCAAUUUAAGCAGUGCCACAUAAAUUUUGCUAUAGGACAUAUAUGUUCUGCAUAUAUUUAUGAUGAUCAAUGGUCGUGUCUUGAUCUCAACAUGUCCACCCCUCAACCUAUAAGGAAACAAGUUUUCGAUUGUCAUCAAACGCAAGCGAUAAUGAAAUCCUCAAUUGCACUCGUAUGUGUCCUUCUAUACGCCACAGUUUCACUCGCAUCCCAGCAAGAAGAUCAGAAGCUAACAGCAUACGAUGUUCUAGAACAGUACGAUUUUCCAGUGGGUCUUCUUCCCAAGGGUGCAACCGGGUAUGAGCUUGACGCAAAGACGGGUCAGUUCACUGCUUAUUUGAAUGGAACUUGCAGCUUCAGCAUUGAAUCUUACGAGCUCAAGUACAAAUCCACCAUCAAGGGAGUGAUCUCGAAAGGUAGGUUGGCGAAGCUGAAGGGUGUGAGUGUCAAGGUUGCACUCUUGUGGCUCAACAUCGUUGAGGUCACUCGUAACGAUGAUGAACUCCAAUUCUCCGUUGGUAUUGCCUCCGCCGACUUUGCCGUCAACAACUUUCUCCAAUGCCCCCAGUGUGGAUGUGGAUUCGAUUGCAACAAUUCCCGGGAAAACAACGGUUCUAUCUCCUCAUUUGAAGAGUUGGCGAGAUCCUUCAUCGACUACUUCGCAGCUUCGAGGAUAUAUGUACACGGAUCAUAUUACCUUGGCACCAUCAGACAAGGACAACACGAAAGUUUAAAGGAAUACAUGACUCGGUUUGUUGAAGCAACCAUGAAAAUACUAGAUCUAGACCCAGCAGUCCACUUGCACGCCUUCAAGGCCGGCCUCCGACCCGGUAAGUUCCGAGAGACAAUCGCGGUUACUAAACCGAAGACGCUGGAGGAAUUCUGAAAAAGAGUAGCGAGACAAAUGGAGAUUGAAGAACUCCGUGAGUAGGGGCGGAGCUUAGUUGAGACAAAGGGGGGCCAUGGCCCCCCAAACUUUUGUUGAAAAAAUUAGUAAUACUUCUUCAAAAAAUAAAAAAUAGUUCAGUUGGCUCAAAUACUUUACUAUGGCUUAAAAUACCAAAGUUUAAUCUUCAUCUCUUGUUUUUAUUGCACAAUAAUUUUUAGUUUUAAACAUUCAAAUAUAUUGGAUUUGGAAUGAAUUGAGUGUAUUCGCAUUUCGCAGCUCCUCUAUUCAAUAAGCAACACUCCCUCUACCUUUAAGUUCAAAUAUAAAAAAUUAGGUAUUUUUUAUUUA